AUGGCGGCAAUCGUGGCUCCUCCCCGAUCUUCCAAAACCGAAUCCUACACCGACAACAAGCGCAAGGAAGAUGUCCGUCAAGCCAACAUCAUCGCCGCACGUUCCGUCGCCAACGCCGUUCGCUCCAGUCUCGGCCCUAAAGGUAUGGACAAGAUGAUCUCCACCUCUUCUAAUGAAGUUAUCAUCACCAACGAUGGUGCCACAAUCCUUAACAAGAUGCAGGUUCUCCAACCCGCCGCGAAAAUGCUCGUAGAGCUUUCGAAAUCUCAAGACUCCGCUGCCGGUGACGGAACCACUACUGUAGUCGUCAUCGCCGGCGCUUUACUCGAGAAAUGUGUCCUACUUCUCUCCCACGGCAUUCACCCUACUAUCAUAUCUGAUUCGCUUUAUAAAGCCUCUGUUAAAGCUAUUGAUGUUCUCACUGCUAUGGCCGUUCCGGUCGAACUCACUGACCGUGAUUCUUUAAUUAAAUCCGCUAGCACUUCGUUGAACAGCAAGGUUGUUAGUCAAUACUCGUCUCUCCUUGCUCCGAUCGCGGUCGACUCUGUUCUCUCUGUUGUGGAUACUGCCCAUCCGGAAAUGGUUGAUCUUCGGGAUGUUAAGAUUGUUAAGAAGCUUGGUGGGACAGUUGAUGAUACUGAGCUUGUGAAGGGUUUGGUUUUCGAUAAGAAGGUUAGUCAUGCUGCUGGUGGACCUACCCGGAUGGAGAAUGCUAAGAUUGCUGUGAUUCAGUUUCAGAUUUCGCCUCCUAAGACGGAUAUUGAGCAGAGUAUUGUGGUGAGUGAUUACUCUCAGAUGGAUAGGAUUUUGAAAGAAGAGAGGAGUUAUAUUCUAGGGAUGAUUAAGAAGAUUAAGGCGACGGGUUGUAAUGUGUUGUUGAUUCAGAAGAGUAUUUUGAGAGAUGCUGUUACUGAUUUGUCUUUGCAUUAUCUUGCUAAAGCUAAAAUUUUGGUGGUUAAAGAUGUUGAGAGAGAUGAGAUUGAGUUUAUUACCAAGACUCUUAAUUGUUUGCCGAUUGCUAAUAUUGAGCAUUUCCGUGCUGAGAAGUUGGGUUUUGCUGAUCUUGUGGAGGAGGUUUCGCUUGGGGAUGGGAAGAUUGUGAAGAUUUCUGGUAUUAAGGAUAUGGGAAAGACAACAACUGUGCUUGUUCGGGGUUCUAACUUGCUUGUGCUUGAUGAAGCUGAUCGAAGUCUGCAUGAUGCUUUGUGUGUUGUUAGGUGUUUGGUUGCCAAGAGGUUUUUGAUUGCUGGUGGUGGUGCCCCGGAGAUAGAGCUGUCGAGGCAAUUGGGUGCUUGGGCUAAGGUGUUGCAUGGGAUGGAAGGUUACUGCAUUCGUGCAUUUGCCGAGGCUCUUGAAGUUGUUCCUUAUACUCUUGCUGAGAAUGCAGGUUUGAACCCAAUUGCAAUUGUUACCGAGCUGAGGAAUCGUCAUGCCAAAGGUGAGAUCAAUACUGGAAUCAAUGUUAGGAAAGGUCAAAUUACAAACAUCCUUGAGGAGAAUGUGGUGCAGCCCCUGCUUGUAAGUACUAGUGCUAUCACCUUGGCAACUGAGUGUGUGCGGAUGAUUUUGAAGAUUGAUGAUAUUGUAACCGUGAGGUAG